UGCGGUGUGUGUCCAAUACAAGUACAUUGUUUCGUCUGAUGAAGAAAGGUGGCCGGCAGUUGGUGCCCAGGCCUGCACAUCUCACAAGACAGAGAACGCAGCCUUGAGUAGCGAUCACCUUUGUGUUUGGGACUCGGUGUCUGUCAUCUGAUCCAUUGUACGACAGAUCAUCAGAGGGGCGUGGUCUAUAUUUCCUGCAUCGACCUCCCAAUGCAAACCACCUAUCAAAUUUCCAACUCUUUUUCUCGCUACCUCGACUUCAUGCAGUCGGAAAGCUGACCACUGUUUACAUGUAUUCACAUUCACCAUGCCUCCUUUACGCGAUACCACAUCAUCCCGGCAAAACAAGGGCUUUAUCAACCAUGCCUUCCUCGGCAUCCGCAUAGCGCAAGUCCUCAUCCUUGCCACCAUCACAGGCCUAACCGCCUACUUUAUCGCGGUCGCGGAUCAAAGUCAAGGCCCGCCCACAACGCUUAUCAUGGCAGUCAUCUUUACAUCUUCCGGUCUCAUCUGGACGCUAUUCUCCUGCAGCGGCUCCACGCGGCGCUAUCUUCCGUACGCGGCAAUCUCGGCCCUUGACCUCAUCUUCCUCGCCGUCAUGUCGGUAUUCGUCAUCGCCCUCGGACCGCCGCUUGUCAGUGCCAACUGCGCCGCUAUUGGGACCUCGGGAAAGUUUAUCAUCACCGCGCCUCCCGGUACCUCGUUUGGCCGAAUCGCUUUUCACCGUGACGGGCGAGCCCGCUGUGUCGAGAUGUUUGCCGUAUGGGGGCUUUUCGUUGCAGUUUGCGGGCUCUUCGUCGUCAGCGCACUGGCGGCGGGGAUGUUGUUCAUCGCCGGGAGGAAGGCGAAAAGAGGGCCCCCUAUUGAGGCUAAAGCAGAGAGUAGAUUGAUACAGCCUUUUGAGGUUAUCAAGGAAGAGAACACGUCGAGAGAAACUUUUGAGGGUCAGGAAGAGAGUAUUACGGCAAGAGGGUCUUUUGAGGCUAGAGAGCCGAGCAUACGAAGAGGCCUUGAUGAUAUCGGGCCAAAAGGCCUUGGUGAUAACGGCCCAAGAGGCCUUGAUGACAACGGGCCCUAUGCACCUCGGACACCUCGGGCUUGGUCGAGGGGGGUUGUGCCCCCCUUUCCGGUUGUGCCCGUAUCACGGCCGCAGUCGAAAGCCAGCGUGUCGGACGAUGAGGCGCGCUUAGCUCGAAGAAGCACACGCCGGUCUGUGCGGAAAUCUGAGCUGGAUCACCUUGAGAAGGAACUCUACACCAAGGGAUUCUCAAACGGCGAAUACAGCCCGUCCAUUUAUGGUGACGAUGACCUACCCGGCAGCCCCGAGCAUGAACACCCGCCAAGAGCCGCCGCCAAGCCUGGUCGGACCGCCGGAGUGCCAAGGUUGGAGAUAUGGGACCCAAGGGAUACGGAUGCCCAUCUGAAAGCCUCGGAAGGACAGGAGUUUGCCAAUGUGCCGAUUACUCCGGCUGGCCGCUCUAGCUUCCGCAAGUCGCUGCGCAGGUCGUUGCUGCCGGUGCCUUUGAUGGUUGGGCAAAGUGCAGAGCCACGGCCCACGACGCCAACAAACGCAAAGAGCCCGACAGCGACUGGCUGGUGGGGAGCGUUGGGUGGCGUGUUCUCUCGGCCAAACGCGCCGAACGACUCUUCCAAUGUUGUUUAA